AUGGCCGACCAGCAGGCGUGGUGGGACAAUCCCGCCUGCGUCUAUCUCAUCGGAGUGUGCAUCAAGUACAAGAUUGACCCCUACAUCGAAACGUCCGUCCCGCGCUUCAGAUCCGCAGACAACCUCGAGUGUGUCCGACGCCUCCAGCUCAUUCGAAGAACCGACAACCACUCGCGAUCUCGCACCCGACCUACUAACCCCCCUCAGCAAGAUGGCACACAGAGGCUAAUCAUCAUGUCCUACCAACAGUCAUCCUCGAAGGUCAAGGCCGGUCCCCUCUGGACCAAGAACAAGGAGGACCUGCAGAAGCAGCUGGGCGAGCUGAAGACCGAGCUGGGCCAGCUCCGCAUCCAGAAGAUCAACUCGUCGGGCGCCAAGCUGAACCGCAUCCACGACCUCCGCAAGUCGAUCGCCCGCGUUCUCACCGUCAUCAACCUCAAGCAGCGCGCCCAGCUCCGCCUGUUCUACAAGAACAAGAAGUACUCGCCGCUGGAUCUGCGUCCCAAGCAGACCCGCGCAAUCCGAAGACGGUUGUCUCCCGCCGACGCCGCCAAGACCCUUGAGAAGACGAAGAAGCGUUCCACCCACUUCCCUCAGCGCAAGUACGCCGUCAAGGCCUAA